AUGAGUGAUGCAAAGACUAAUAGAAUUACCAUUAAGGUAACUCAUACUAAGUUGAUGUAUCCAUCCAAACCAUCUGUUGAAAAAUCCUUAGCCAUUGAACGUCCUCAAUUUGAUAAGAUUAGGUCUAAAUCGGACUUAUUGAAGCAUUUAGCAGGUCCAUUGAAGUUAAAUGUUGAAGAUGUUAAUCAAUUGAAAUUAUUUAGAAAAUCAAAGAAACAAAAGGAUUAUGUUGCAUUGGAAUCUACUGAUGAUUUUAAAGCCUUGGCUAGAAGUUUGAAGGUUAAAAAUCAUAUUAAGUUGGUAAUCAAUGAUACAACUGCUCCAGUACCUGAAUCAACCGAAUCAAGCUCUAAGAAGAGAAAGAUUCAAACUAUGGACUUUUCAAGCUUGGGAGAUGCUUUGCUUGAGGCAGCUUUUGAACAUUUCAAAGAUUUGUUUAAUGAUGACUCAUCAACUAACGCCACCGCAUCAAAUUCAAAUUCUGCUUCAACCUCCACUACCACUACCACUUCUACCACUGAUGCAAAAGCUUCUGAACCUAGCUCUGAAAAAGAUGCCAAGACUAAGAAUCACCUUGACGAAAUUGUUCAUACCAAUAUUGCUUGUGACUCAUGUUCUCCAGAUACUUUUGUUCCUAUUAAAGGUACCAGAUAUGCUUGUUUAGUUUGUCCAAAUUUUGAUUUAUGUGAGUCUUGUGAAGCUAAUCAACAUCUGAACCAAACUAAUAUAGGUUCCCAUUCUUAUAAGCAUCCAAUGGCUAAAAUUUCAUAUCUUGAUUCUGAAUUUGAUAGAAAAAGAUUUGGUAGAAGAUGCUUCGGUCAAACUCAAGGUCAAUCUCAUGGUCAUCAUGGACAUGGUCACCAUGGUCGCCAUGGUCAUAGCGUAUAUGAUAUUCCAGUUGAAAUUUCUUCUACCACAGCCAAAUCAUUAUUUGCUAACGGAGGUUUUGAAAAAAUUGUUGAGAAUGCCAAUAGAUAUGAAUCAUUAAUUAAGUUAUUAGAAUCAACCGCACAUCUUGAAGCUGAUGCAUUGGAUGAUGACAUCAAAUUCACUCUUUUGAAAAGUGUUUUGGAGGAUAAUUUGGCUCCUGUACCUCCAUACUCCUCUGGAAGCCCUGCUGCUUCUCACUCUACCGUUUUAGUUCCAAAAGUUGAUUCUAUUGAUAAGAUUGUUAUUAACACUAAGAAGAUUGGUAAUAAUUCCAGAGUCAUCUCCUUAAUGUUGACAAAUAACUCUAAACAUACUAUAACUGGUGGAGACUUGAAGUUUGAAUUCUAUAACCUUAAUCAUAACGAAAUUGUCAUUGUUAAGAAUGCAAAUAGCAUCAAACCAGGACAAACUAGAUUUUAUAAUUUGGGAGGAUUACACGAAAUCUUCAGUAGAUUAUCAGGUAUGAACUUGAAGAUUACUACUUCGAAUGGACUUUUGGAAGGUAUUUACAACGAGAAUGAAGAUUCUUUAAUGACUUUCUCUAGGAUUGAUGACGAAGAUUCAAAUGAAGAUACACAAACUGAUUUGACUUUAAAUAAUGAAGAUGAAAUCAAUGUCACUUUAGUUCCAAAGUCUUCUUCCUUAGCACAAAUCAUUAUUUAUAAUAAGUCCAAAAAAACUGUUGACUGUUCUGAUUUGAAAUUAGAAAUUGUCAACUGUUUUGGUAAAUCUGUUGUUGCGGUAAUGGUCAGAAAGCGUCAUGGUAUCUUUCCAGGAAAGAUUGGAAAAUUUAAUAUUGGCCUUAUUAACGCACAUAUGAAAUUCCCAUUCAAAUUGAUUAUGAAAAAUGAUUUCAAUACUGGUUAUUGUGAAUUAAACAUAAAGAAUUUAAGUGGUAAUUUCAAUUUUGAUCCUCUUCCAGUACAUAAUGAAGCUGAUGAGCCAGAUUUAAUAAACCUUGAACAAACUCCAGAAGUAGAAGAUGAUGUUAGAAUGGAAGAUGAGGAAGAUGCUCAAACUUCAGGUACUGAAUCAAUUGUUGAUGAGAAAGAUGUUGGUGAUGUUGAAAUCGAAGUAGUAGAAGAUGAUAACGAAAAAGACUCUUCUGAAUUGGAACAAUCUUCUAGCAUUAGUGGUUCGACCCAUUCUAUUAUCUUACCUUCUUUACCAAGGGAGGCAGCAUUGUCUGGUUCUGAGUAUUUGGAUGCAAGAGAAAAUAUGGCUGAAGGUGAAGAACACCAACAAUCAAAGGCAGAUGAAGAGGAUGAACCUGUUGAAGAUUACGAUUUGAUCAGUGAUGGUGAAAAUGAUGUCGGAUCUGAUUAUGAAAUCUUGUCUCCAGUAGCUAGCAACCUGGUUUAGUUUUAUUAUUUGAAAUUUAUUUUAUAUUUUUUAUUUUGAUUCAUUCUUUUUUUUAAUAGGUUUUGUUUUAUUUUAUCUACUCUAAUUACUUUUACAAAUGUUUUGGUUAGCACGCUGGAUGGAGGGUUUCAUAAAUUGACGGCAUACUGGGUGGUCCAAAUUUUUCAUUAAUAUUUAUUGUUUUAUUGUUUAGUAAUCUACACUUAAAUUAUUUUAAAUCUCUACCAAGAAUAAGUUAAUAAAUGUUUUUACUAUUGUUA